AUGUUGGAAGCAAAUAUUGAACAACAACUCUCAAGGAUCGUGAAAGGUAAGGAAAUUUUAGUGCGCGUGUCUUGCUUUCCAUUAUUUUUGAUAAUAUAAAUAUAUUUCUUGCAGAUGUACGCUCCGGAAACCUCGAUCUUGUUACUUUAGUGGAAAAACUAGGGUUAGUAAGCUGUUAACCUUAAUUAUUUUUCGAGGUUAUGUAAUCUGCCAUACCGAGAUACAGCAACCUUUGCCAGAUCGUGAAUUUUUGAAAUAAAAAACUCAGAAUGUGAAGGAUCCCUUGUUUCUCAGUUUUUAAAGAACGCUUAUCACGAUGCCGUCAUCUUGCGCAAGUGUGUCCGAGGAAAAUUCGAUUUUUAAGGCGCGCAGAAUUCGAAAGUAUUCGAGGAUUGACAUGUGUUAUUUUCAAUAUUAAUAUGGCCUGGUAGAGUCAAUUUAAUUUCAAGGCACUCAACCACUUACCAGUAUUGUUCAUAAUGGUUACAGAGCUGGGUUGAGUGCAAUCAUACAUGACCAGACAACUGCGCGCGAGGUGGUGAUCGCAUUCGAUCACAUACAAAAUUGGGCGACGUAAAGUCCUGUCUUCAAUGAGUUAAAAGAAUGACUUCAUUUAAUAUCGAAAAUAGUCAUUUGUGUAAUGUAAUCAUAAAACAUAACUGGUGACUUUUAACAGUUAAGUUUUGCAUUAACACAUGAUGAACCCAAAAGUCUGUGUCACAGCAUGUGAAAAUGAUGUGUACUGUUUAGUUACACAACAUGCAAGAGGCCUACACUUGAAUGAAAAAAAGAUUUUACACUGUCCAAUCACAAGCAUGAUGCAUACACACUCCAAUUAUUGCUCAAACCAGGCUGCUGAUAACCAAACACAACUAAUAAUUUUGUAAUAGUUUUAAUUUACAUGUAUUUGUCUAUCUAUGUACAGGCCACAGUUGACCAGUACUGAGGUGGAUAAGAGAUGUCAUGGUGUGCGGUUGUUGUCUGAAGUCUUGCAUCGCCUUGUUGGGUUUCAGUUUAAAGAAAAAGAAGGUUGUUAAAUUUAGUCUUUAACAUAUGAGCUUUUUGUAAGCUCUUUGCAUAAAGUUGUCUUUUACUAAUGUUGAUUUUGCUCUAUUAAUAUACAGUAGUUGGAGUGAUACUGUAUGUAUAUAUAAUAAUUGAUGUUCUGGUUGGGGUUGUUUGAAGGUUGGUUAAUGCUGUCCAUCAGAUUAAUCUGUAUCCAGUGGAUGACGCUAUAUGUUCUGCUAUCACUUAUCUGCUGGUUAGCAAUUCAUCCAUUGGAUAGCGUUAUCCACCCUUUAUUCAACUGGGCCCUGGUCUAGCCAGACUUUUCCGAACAAUGUAAAGUUCUCUCAUUAACUGUACCCAAGAGAAAAGUGAACUUUGUAUUCAUUAAGCUAUAUGUGCUUUCAAGGGAGAGCUGGGUGGUUUAGAAGUAGAGCUUACUCUUUCUGUUUGGGAGGAGAAGGGAUUGCAAUCAGAGGUAAGUCCUCUGACAGCAAAUAUAGAAAUUAUGAAUUGAAAUUAAGCAUGAAUAUAGAAAUGGUUUACAAUCGAAACUUAGAUCAGAUUUUCUUGCUCCACCUGUCACAAAAAUUCAAGGAAAAUAGUUGAGAGUGACAUAGGCGCCUAUACAGUCUGUGGGAAUAGCAUGUGGCCAUGUUCAUUGAGAGCACCACCAUCCUCCCAUCAGACACUGUUUCAUGAAGGAUCUCAGUUUGAAAAUCAAAAAUAUUUAGCCAAAGAGAGGAGGAAGAACAGCUUGGUAAAAGUUUGUGUGGGGGGAACACUAGUAAUAAGAACUGACAUCAAAUAGAGCACCGUAAAAACUUAAUUCUUUAGGCAUGAGAGAAUUCAGGGACCAUCUUGCCACAGGCCAGCAUUGCCACCUGCAUUACAUUCAGCAAUACUAUCUGACAAUGAGUCUCAUGAGUUAGUUAAAUUUCCUUCUUUGUUUAUUUUUUCAGUGACAUUGUUUUGUGAAUUUCUGUGUGAUCGACUCAAGGAUCACUAUACUAUCAUCCCUCAUGCCCUGUUUGGUAUUCUUGCUCUGGUAUGUGGACUCUGUUGAUGAAAUAUGUUUCUCUUAAAUCUCACAACCCAAUAAGUUCAUAUACCUUUCCCAACAAACUGAUCAGAAAUUCUCUAUGAUUUUGCCAGGCUUGGCCUGUUGAUGUGGUAUAAUUACAUUAACUCUUUCCCUUAUGAGAUCUAGAUAUGAAUUUUUUUUACUGCUUGCCAUACAUUUUAUAUAAUUUUAGCUCUCAUUGUUUUCAGGUAAUUAACUUUUUUUUUAUUACUUUUCUGCUUGAAAAGUCUCACUUUUGUGCAGAUAAGUUCCAUUUUUGUUGUCUAGCAGGCUCUCAGAGUUUUCAGUGCUUUUAGACUGGCAAAGUUUUUUUGCCUCCCCCCCUCCCCUCCCCCUUAGCUACUUUGGUAGCAAUAUUAUUGGCUGUGAAUUCUUCACUCUAUGGAUGGACCAUCUUUAGAUAGUUAUUUAUGAAAUGUGCCUAAUAGCAAUUGCUUCAUUUUCUUGAUUUAGAUCACUAAUCAAGAUGUCACUGAUGCAGAGUGUUUAAAACUCAUUCAGACAUUGUUCAAAGAAGUCCAUGUCCAGGUGAGGUUUUGAAUAAAUUAAAGGCAUGGAUUGAUUUAAGAGGAACACUUGCUGCCCUUUUGAUGUCCAUUAAAAAUUUAAGGAAGCUAUACUGGAAGAUUUUAGAAUCUUUUUGUGGCAUCAAUUUAGAUGACAAUUUAUUUCAUGUCAGUUUGUGUUCCUCAUCUAAAGAGGGGCAAUAUUGAUUGAAUUUGAAAUGAACAAUGCUUCUGAAGAUACCCCUGUGACAAAAAUUGUCAAAAUACCUGUACCUCUUAGUCUGGGAAAAUCUCACUUAAUUUAUCACUUGAAGCCAUUUAAUAUUAUUGUGACAUAUUUCAUAUGCAUCACUAGGUAUGCAGCCCUUUAGGGCUUACAUGUUCAGGGUUGUAUGACCUGUACUGAGUAGGCAGCUGAAUUGAAUUAUACUUGUGUAGCAAGCAUGGCAUAUUGCUUCCCAACAUGCACUUGUAUAGCUUACCCCAGACUUCCCCCCAAAAAACUUGGAAUUUGAAACUCCCUGAGUUUUGAUUUUUAGCAUUCUUGAACAUAAAUGAAUGACUUUUUUUGCGAGCCACUGAUGUAAGAAUCAGUUCAGAAAUUUGUAUUUUUUGUCUUUGAUCACGAUUCAGAAAUUAGCCAAUGCAAAAUGGUCCAAUGGUCUUCAGGUUUUGCACUUACCAUUUCCUUAUGGUAAUCCUGCAUGUUUGUGGCUUAAUACCAUUUUUCAUGGGCUUUUUCUUCAACAAAUUUUUAACAAAAAUCUGCUUUUCCAGUCUCUUCUAAAGGAAGGAAGACUGACUGCAUUCAAUCUGUUUGCAGUUGUGUUAAAUAAACAUCUUCAAGGUAAGCUUUGUGUCCUUAAGUUUAAGUCCCUGCUCCAAUAGAAUUUAACUAGUAAUGUAUUGUUCAGAAUUGUUAUUCCAACAACUCCCUUUUUUAUUACAAACAACCAGUAUUAAGUAAAUGAUAAAAGACAGGUAAUCAAAACUGACUUUUCCAUAACAUGGAUUCCCUCUGUUCCGUAUUCUACACAAUAUGUGAUGAAUUAUAGACGUAAACUUUCUUACAGUGAUACUUUCCUGUAUUUGGAGUAAACAGUUUGGCUGAUUCAUUUGAUGUUGUUUUUUUUUUGAUCCAACUUACCUUAAACUCACAUUGUUCACUGUUUGUCCUUAAUCACAGCUCUAAAAAGUAUUGGAAAUGAUUUUGUGUUUGGUUUCAUCCAAGCUAUGGAUGGAGAAAAGGUCAGUAGAGAAGUUUUCAUUCUGUGUUAGUUGGGCUUAACCCUUUAACUCCCAUGAGUGACCAAGACAGAAUUUCUCCUUACAAUAUCAAUACAAUAUCAACCAGAUAAGUGAUGAGAAUAAAGAAAAAUAUCAAUUUGGCAAUAAUUAGUUGAUCCAAUACUCAGUUCUCUGAACUAACAUUAUAAGAAUUGUAUAAUUGACAGUAAGAAGAAUAACAAAUUUGGUCUGGGAGUUGAAGUGUUAAGAACCUGUUGCAUUCAUGACUACCUUAGAACAAAGAAAUUGAAGAAGUCAUAUGAGUGAUAAAGCCAGCAAAAAUGAUCAAGAAAAAUCUAAGGAAAACUUCACAGGUUCUUAUAUUUAGUUAAAGCCAAGUCCCUUAUCUUCUCUGCUGGAAGAAGUUGGAAGAAAAUGAUUCAUUUGAAUAUGCCUCAUAAUAGAUUUUAAGUUAUCAUUGAAGUUACUUUAAAUAAUAGGGCACAUAACAUGAAGAACCACUUUGAGUGAAAUGUUGGAAAACUUUCUGAUAAGCAAUAAGACAAGAUGUUUCAAGGUGGAUUGAUCAAAAUAAUUUACUUUGGAAUUUACUUUAAACAAGUUUUGGUUUCAUUUAUAUUUACAAUCAUGUAGUUACUUUCCAAGGUAAAUUCCUUUUUUUUUUCUUUUCUGUUUUUCAAUUUAUUGGUAAGCUUUCUAGGAUAAGUUUAUUUUCAGUAUAUUUUACAAAUUAUGUAAAUUGGAAAAAACAGGGAAGCAAGAAGACUUAGCUAUAAGCUGUAACAUUUAUAAUUAUAUCACAAGUUUCUUGUACAAUAUGAAAUUUAUUUCAAUUUGUCACAGGACCCAAAAAAUUUACUCCUGGUCUUUGAGCUGGUCAGAGUCAUCAUCAGCAACUUUUCAAUAGGUAAAUAUCACUGUAUGGUUCUUAGUGAUUGGUUUAUUAUCCUGCUUGUAAUACAAAUUUGGCUGAGCUGGUUGUGUUGGAAACCUCCCUUUUCCCAUAAUCCUUGCCUUGAAAAAAAGCGGCUAAAUACAUUUCAAAAUGAUGAGAAGAAAUCAGUCAGAUUUGUCUGUAUCCCUUUCUUUCUAACUUUAUAAGAACCUUCUUGAACUACUAAAACUGGUGUGAUAUGUUGUGUUUAGAUCAAUGAAGACUUGUCUAGAUUGUGUAAAAAUUUUAAUCUUCUGGGGACAAGUCUUUAUCAGAAAUUCUUGGAAUGUCCAGCUGUAAUUGGCAAACUGUCUGGGAAGUCUGGUAAAAUGCUGUGGGGGUACCCUUGGGAUAGAUCAGCAUCCCAUCCAGGGGGGAGAGGGGAGUAGUGAUACUCCUAGUUACUUCUUGCUACUUGGAUGCUGGUAUAACCUCUGGAUGGGUGGGCCACCAGGCUCGAGUGCAGACUUUGCUUUUUCCAGCCCUUAAUUUCACAGUAAUGAUAGAUGGCAGAUGAAGAAUAGUACGCAUCUCAACCAAUCAGUGGCCAACUUUGAAAUAUAUUUUCAGUGGCUAAUAAUAAGUUGCAACUUUAUGAUAUACAAUCUUCUUAUUUCAUAAUUGUUAUACAUAAUAACAUAACUGAAAUGAUAUACCGUAAUUGCAGAUUCAACAUGGUGUUCUGAUAUUGUGUGAAUAAUUUCAGAUUUAUUUGCUGAGGAUCUGUUUGAAGUGACAUCUUGUUAUUUCCCAAUUGAUUUCACUCCAGUAAGUAGAUCUAUUUGAUCUUGAUCCAAAUUUCCUGGACAUAAACAUGGUAAACCUGUGCCUUUUUUGCUUUGGACAAGACAGCAUACUCUGACACACAGCACACAUACUUAACUUUAACUGUUGGCAAACUAUAAGAUGAAGAGAACUUGUGGUAAAAAAGAUCAUCACCAUACAUGUCAAAUUACAUUCAAUUCCCAUCUUUCUCAAACUAAAUGCAUGUUGUACUGUACAUUACAGUUUUGGUUCUUUGCCUGUUUGGAUUCAAUUGUUUGGAGAUUUCUUGUGGUAAACUGGAUGAAAUCAAUGGAUAUGGCAUCAAAUUUUCAUUAUAAGUAAUAUGUUUUAAAGCUCAAAAGAAAGCCAAACUAUUGAGUGGCAAUCGUAAUGGAUCCAUUAUUUAUGAUUUUUUAAAAGUUGCAUAAUGUAUUGAAAAUUCAAUUCACAUGUUUUUAGUUAAGAUACAGCUCAUACUGAGGUUGUAAAAAAAUUUUGUUCAGAGUUUCUCCAACCAGUCAAUGAUAAACUUUCUUGUUAUUGUAAAAGUCAUUCUUUUAUUCACAAGAAGUAUUAAUUAAGCACAAAUUUUGGUUGUAGUGGGUAAAGAGGAUAGCAAAUAACACUUUACACAUAAUCUUCUCAGCCGUCAGAUGAUCCAUACGGAAUCAAAAAAGAUGAUUUGGUGAUGAGUUUGCGUAAGUGUCUUGCUGCUACAAAUCAGUUUGCCCCGGUGAGUUCAUGUUAUUUGAACAUUUUAGUUAGUUGUGUAUAAUAAUUUGACAGUGAAUUCAGCAGGUAACGAUGUGCUCAUCUGGAAACAAGUGGACAACAGGAUAUGAUGGAAUAGUGUCACAUCAAAUGAUUUAGGGUUACGUGUGCUAUAAAAUCUUUUUUGAUAUCCAAACUUGUUCAAAGAAUUGAACUGGUAGGCUCUACACAUUGACAGGGUCAGAUUGGACAGAAGUUGGAUGGUUCAGCCUCUCAGUUCUGACAAAUGGAGAGUAGUCUUGGACUCUGAUAUGAUUUAGGUUAAUUAAGGCAACAUUUGAUAUAUACAAACUACUGCAGAACUACUUAAAUGCUGCAAUUGAUAUUUAACAUCUAUCAAACCUGUAUCAAGUUUAUUACAACUUGUCUGGUAUACUGACAGUAGUAAGAAGUACAAAAGGUGAAAUAAUUUAUAUCUCAAUUGUGCAAUAGUUCUGCUUUCCACUUCUUAUGGAGAAGCUAUCAUCUGAUAUCACUGAUGCUAAGAUUGACUCUUUAUUGACCCUGGUAAGUGUCUCAUUCUGUCACACAACCUGGAAUAAUCUCACUUUACUCAUUUUGAUUUGUAUUUUGUAGUGUAAAUCAGUCAUGUUUUUUUUAACCCUGAACACCCUAACAUCCAAAUGCAUAUUCUCCAUAGUGUUCUGUAUACAUUUCCCAAGGAACUGUCAAGAGAAUUUGUUUAAUAAUCAAGAGCUUCUUUAGUUGUUGAUCAUUUUCUUUAUUCUCAUGACCUUAAUGUUUGAUCCAGGAGUGACACUGUAAGGAGAAAUUUAGUUGUGGGUGCCUAAGGGUAUAAAGGGUUAAAUGAAUGUCUAAACCAUUAACUCAUGAUUUUUUUCAAUCUCAUAGUCAUCUUGCUUGGAAGAGUAUCAUAGCAAUUAUUUGGUUGAGCACUUGGAGCCUCUUUGGACAAGUAUUAAAAGUGCAGUAAGUUUUUUAGGUAUAUCUUUUCAAUGGAUACAUUUUGGACAAUUAGUUAAAAUUUAAUGUCUUCUUUUUUUGUUAACCAGGUUUUCCAUGUGGGGAAUCCUGUGUUAGAGGUAAGUUUGAACAUACCAUGUAUGUCUUCAACUUCUUUAUAAUCUUGCACCAUUUACAUUAUGCACUCUGUCGGUUACAUUAUUCACUCCUUUAGUAAUGUUUUUGGUAUCUCGAUAACAUUGUAGGAUGCUGCUCUGGCUGCAGUGACAAGCAUUGUUAAAAACCUCUGUGGAUCUAUGGAUGUAAGUCAAUUUUUUUUUCUAAAAGACAUUUUAAACUUUUGAAUUCUUUCUCUAUUAUUUGUACCAAUUACAACAAAUUGAAAUUUGGAACUUAAGAUAAAAUCACUUAUAGUGCAUUAGUUUUAUAGCAUAUUGUUUUGGUUUUCACUUUGAUUAUUAAUUUAAGGCUAUUUUUGUAGGAAAAUACUAAGGAGAAAUAUGAUGAGUUUCUAGAAAUUAUCCACAAGGGUAAGUCUCCCAAAGAAAAAUAUUACUGUACAUUAAGAUACUCAGAGUAUAAUCCAUGAUAAAUGCACAGUUAUGAUAGUUGGUACAUGUAUUAGUUCAUCUCAAAGGUAGAUGAUUGUUAAAGUGUAUAGCAAUUAAGUUGACAGUGAAGAUAAUUUUAAGUCAGUUUAUUUACUGUAUUACUUAAAAAUGAUGUAUAAAAGAAGUUAAAAUGUACAAAGAGAGGUGUUAAAAAAUAACAAGCAUUUGAAAACAAAAAUGUGUGAAAACUAAAAAAAACAAAAAAUACUAUUAAUAAUAGUCAAAUGUGCUGACAUGUUGUUGGAAAUAAAUCUAGUGUAAAGUUUGCUUCACGGUGCUCGUUUGUGGUUAGUGUUUUCUUGCAACAAAAAUUUCCUGUCUGGCCUUCUUGUGAAUAAGUGGAACUUAUGGAUGCUUUUGUUUUGACCUCCCAGGUGUUGUUUGUAAACUUUUUUUUUUUUUUUCAGUUCAGUUAAUAAAAACCUGGAAAACGUUUUUAAAAAGUUUCAUAUGGUAUUUUAAAAAUGCUUGACAGAUAGUAAUAACUUUUAUUUUUAGAAAAAUAUAAGGCUGAAGAAAGUACUGUGCACUUGAGGGAAUUUAAGUGUGAUUAAAAUUUGACAAAUUGAAAUGAGGGGUAUCUAGACACUGACAGUGGUGACAAGGUUGUUGAAAAGGGCUUCCAAGAGAGCUUCUUUAAGAAAGAAAGAAAUCCUUAACAUUUUUCAUAUCAGAUUGUGGUCAUCUGACUGGUAGUGAUGUUAAGCUGAUGAGGCAGUGUGGAAGAAUUUUACAGGCUGUGGCUCUAGCAACAGGUAUGUAACCCUUUAACUACCAGAAUUGAUUACCAUGUAACUUCUCCCUAUAGUAUCCCUACAUCAUGCAGCAAACUGGUAGUGAGAAUACUCAAACUCAUCAAGUUACUACCUUGAUUGAACAAACACCAAAUUCUCACAACCAAUUUACAAGGAAAUGUGUAGUAGCUAGAGAGAUGAAUUGCCGAUCUGAUUUAGGGAAUGAAAGGGUUAACUUAAGUGGGAAGGAUAAAACUCUUCCAACAGAACCUCUUGACUAAUGAGUUUAAGAUGUUACAGACAUCAUACAGUGUACGAUCAUAGAUAUCUUGGUCUUAACUCAGAUUUAUAUGAUAAAAUCAAUUUGGAUUUAGACUGCUACACGCCUGACUGAACAAGCCUUGUCACUCAAUUUGCAUCAAUGAGGACUCAUGUUAUUUAACAUUAGGAGUGUGUUGAUUUUUUAGCUCUUCACAAAUUGAAUGUACAAUGUAAAUGGAAAAAUUGUUGCCGAAAACACAAAUUAUGAACAAGAACACAAUAUUCUGAUAUGUGUAGAGGUACAUUGCUAUUCUGCACAAUAAGGUAUAGCUUGGUCCAAACUUUGAAGAAUUGAAAUGGCAAGUGCUUGUUGUCACCUCUGCUAUCAAUCCUAGGUGACCUGAUAAGAACAUACUCUGGUAAUGGCAGAAAGUUGAAUUUAGGAAUCAUUGUUUACACCUGUAAAAAUAAUUCAUACUUAUUUUAAUUUGAAUGAAAUCACAAAAGUUUCCAUUUUUUGCCAGAAAUAAAAUCUGGAUCAAUUGGGAUCAAAGAAAAUUUUUUUUCAAAUUGUAGAGAGAAUUUAGAAGUGUUACACUAAAACUGCUUUGACCAGAAGUAAAUUUGACAUAUUCAUUUAGUGUUAUGUUCUUUUUCAGAGCCUGCUUGCCACAGAAUUAUCGAUUGGACCUUUCCUCUGUUGCUGGAACAACUCACACAGGACAUUGAGGUAAGUGAAGUGGAAUUUACAGCAGUCCAUGUUUAUGUAUUCUGUGUCUUUAGCAGUGAAUGUUUAUGCUUGACUUGGUUUGAGGCAUCUUUGUUGGGUCUCCUGAAAAUGGGGAAACUGCAUUAAAAGAGCUGUUCACAGUUAACUAGAUAAUACUAUGCUCUAACAUAUUUAUUUUCCAAGGCUAGGUAUUUGAGGUUUUUUUCAGGUCCAGUCUUUGAGAAUGUGUUUGUUGUAGUUUAAAAAGAUUUGAUUUAAAAGGCAUUUCAAAUUUGAAUGAUUUGGAUCUUCCCUUGUAUGAAUACUUUGGUAAAUUACCAAGACAAAUGGAGAGAAUGCAUGAAAUUAGUUAAACUUCCUUUUGUGGGGGCCUAAAUUACAUUUCAAAUUACUAUUAAUAAUAUGUUUUUUAUUAUUAUUAGUGUUGCUUAUGGUUCUUCCCAAAUGUGAAAACUAAAUGUUCUUUUUUACUGUUUUUAUUUUAUAAUUUUAGGUAUCUCAUAAAAAGAACUUUAUUCUCAUAAUUACAAAUCUUCUUAGAGCUGCCAAAACCUUUCACAGACAUCCUGCUGGUAAGUGAGAUGUGAAUAAGAGACUGUCAAAAAUGAUGGUAAUAAUUUUGUUGCAUUUGAUGGGAUUUUAUUCUAGCAAGGUCAUCACAUUGAUUAAAAUUAGGUUGUCAUCCAUUUAUUUUCUUUUUUAAACUUUUUAAAACUCAUUGUUUAAUGUGCAAUUCCCUUUGUCUGGCAUUGGCUAUUGCGAUACGAUAAAGACAAUUCAGAUUAUAACAGUCUACAGUAGUUCGUUAUUAUAAUCUGAACCACAACAAUGAUGUGGUGUCUUUGAAUGAUGUUAUAGAGGUAAUUUAAAGAACUCAUGUGAUAAAUUUGUCUCUGGUAUAAUAUUUAACAUCUAGUUUUUCUCUUAAGUUUUCAUAUACUAUGCACAGCUGUUUUGACAAAUGGAAAUUUAUUAAAUCAUGCUUUAAAGGAAUCUUUUUUAGCUUGUGAAAUAGUCUUAUGUGCAGUCAUUCUUUGCAUUGUCACACAAUACUCCCCAAAGGAAUAUCUAGUAACUCCUGCAAAAGAAACAACCAGUCAAGGGAAUUGAUAUUUUUGAAUUGGCAAAAGUAUGGCAAUAAUUUUUGGAACUGUUUAAAAUCCAUGGACAUUGAGAGGCAAUGUUAUCUGAUUCAUUUUUUAAUUUCCAGACAGCCCAGUGAUCAAAUACAAGGAGGCAGUGUCUACUACAUUAUUUUCUUUCCUGGCAAAUUGGAGCUCCACUUUAUGUAGUGUAACAGUGGAAUGUUUCAUGGUUCUUGUUGAAUUAGCAGGACUUUUGACAGAAAAAGAGGCAAGUUCAGGACAAAACACUAGAGGAUACAACCAUCAAACUAAUCAAUGGUUCUUUUCCUACUUCCUCAUAUAUAAUGUUUAUUACAUAUAAAAAGAGUUGGGUUAAACAGAAAAUGCUUCAUCUAUACUUCUCACAAAAAAAACAUAUUCACAAUAUGGUGGAUGAUAAAUUGCUUGUUCAAACCCUGCCUCUUUCACUAAAUGCAUCUACUCAGCAUUUUAGACCUGAGCCAUUUAUUGUGAUUCUUGCCCAAUUCACCAAUAACGUAUUGUCCACAAGACUGACAGUAUCCACUUAAUUAAAAUAGAACCUUGAAAGAAUUGUUGCCAUGGAGAAUGAAACACCAAAAGGGAAGAAUACGAGAGAAAUGACUAGGGAUGGUGGAGAAUAUUGUGAAUGGAUUGCAAACAGCAAUUUUAAAAUGGAGAGACCCUGAUAGUCUCAGCCUUUAAGGUUUAAUCUGUGAAUAAUUUCUUUACAUCUGACAGGUGCAGUUGCUUGUUGAGCAUGUUACAUCCAUAGUACUUGGGAGCAAGGAAGCUUCUCUGAGGUAUAUAUUUUUUUUCCAAAAUACAUGAUAAUCCAGUUAUUUGCAGCAUUUCCUCUAUUGCAACUGGAGGGCUUUAUUGUUAUUCUUUUACAAGCAUGAAAAUAGCCUUUCCUGGCCCUCAUGAAAUGUGCAAAAUUGACAUCCAAUAAUUAUCAAUGUGCCCAUAAAAAGAUCAAUAAGCACACCCACCUUGACGAAAGAAGUAUAUGAAAUUGAGGCAAUGAGUUAUGUAGCCCUAAAAAUGUUUCUGUUGAUUGUAAAUUCGUUUUAUAAAAAAAGUGUUAUUCAUUUUUUUCAUGAGCAUAAGACAAAGAAAGAAAAAAUUGAGUCCCCUAAAGGAAUUGAACCUAAGAGCAUCACUACAAUCCUCAACCACUGAGCUCCAAGGUUAAUUUUUACUUUGGGUUAAGCAAAGCCACUAAGUAUGGGCUGUGAUUAUGAAGAGCAUUUAAAAAUGCCUUGCCUCCUGCCUUCCAAUUAUGUAUUAGGUUUUAUGAACUGUAGAAAUAUCUUUCUCUAUUGUUUCAGCCAUAUUAGCUCUGCUGCAUUGUCACAGUUAUCCAGGAAUUAUCCUGCCAUCAUCAUUUCCACUGUGCUACCCCUGCUGGAGAUGCAUCUUAAAGCAGGUAAUGUUCCAAAACUAAAUUUUGUUAUUGACAGAAACUGCAAUUAAUCCCAAAGUUAUUGUGUACAUGUCUGCAAAAGGAAGGGUGGAGUAAUUACCCUAAUGACAGCUACUGUUACAUAACAGAGAAAACUUAUCACCUAUAGCUUCCUUAGGAUUUUAAGAGAGACUGUGAAAAGCACAGAUUUACUGCUUUUUAGGGGUGGAAUUUUUAGUCAAAUGAAGAAGUGCGUUUAUCAGUUUAUCAGAGGCUUUGGUUACCACAACUACUAACCCCUGUUUCAUGUGGGAAGUCAAGCAAUUUGGAAUUUGGAGGAUCUAGAAGUCUAUCAGAUGUCAGUUACCACAUUUUUCAUGCAUCCUUUCAAACAAAUGCUUAUUAUUCUUUGUUAGAGGAAGGUUCAGCUAUGGAUAUUGACAACAAUCAACCCCUGACCACCCCUGUCAGUCACCAGUGUGUCCUUAAUACUCUGGGUGCUUUGUGUAUGGAUGAGUCAAUCAUUCAUGAAGUAAUCCCACGGCUUAUUGAACAUGUGCAGUGCUUGUGUAAUGGUGAGUGUCUGGAAAAAGAUAUUUUACCUGCAUGCCAGGAUUGAUUAAAUCAGACUUGGUGCCCUUGCUUUGGCCUAAUGCAUCAAUCAAUUUUUUGCUUCAACAUCUUUCUCCCCCCCCCCCCUUCUCAAACCCAUCAGGCAUUUGAACUUUUGAAGAUUGGUUCAUUCAAAUUCCUGUCCCUCUUGGCCUAAAUUGCAUUCAAAUGCUGUACCCAAUUGCUGAAUUAAAUGGUGAGAUACCCCUUCCAAAGAACAAAUGUAUUAAAUUUAUUCUUCCAUAUUGAAGAAAACAGCACUUCUAUUCCACUUGAAGAAAUUAAUACUUCCAGUUCAAAUUCCUCAGCUCUGGGAAGGCCUUUUGUGUCAAAUUUCCCACACCCAAGGAAUAGACAAUGGUCAAAUGCCCAGGGUCACCUGGGUGAGGAUGUUGAAGCUUUGAAUUGAUUGAGACUUUAUCUGUUACAAAACAAGCUCUCUCUGAGUUCCAUUUUUGUGGAAUCAUCUUCACUGCCUAAUCAGGGCUCUUGUCACUUGACACUGUCUGUUUCUCAUCUGUCACAAUCUACUUCCCACCUUAUUUGUGACUGAACAACUUUUUAGCUUAAGGGGCAGGUGUUCUUGAACCAUCCUACACCACCUUUUUUUAAAAUCUGUGUCACAAUUUACUCAUUUUCAAAAUGUGGCCUACAUUUUUCGAGUGUGUGAUUGAGAAUCUGUGUCUACCCUCACCUACCUCGACUAUUGUUGAGGUUGUAGAUUUUUGGUGAAUUUAUUCCUUUUUGGUGGUAGUUUUUCCUUACAUACGAUUAUUUCAUGGUGUCAGUCACCUUAAAAUGUUCUCUUCAAUCCCACAAAUUUCCCUGUGUAUCUUCUCUUAACUCCUCCUAAAGGAGAUGACAUUGUAAUCACAGGUAGUCUUUCCUAAGAGCAUUGUUUGGGGCUUGAAUCAAAAACUUCAAGCUUCAAUAGUAUUAUAUUUUGUGAAUCAGUGCCAUCAGUGUCACUCUUGCUAUUGUUUCUGUGUAUGGAUUUAUGUUUUAUAAGCUUAUUUUAAGAGAACUUUAAACUUUCUUCAGAAAUGAAUUCUCACAAAGACUUUCAGUCCCAAGUUUGUGCAGUCUUUCAGUGUAUUUUGAAUAUUGUAGAAGGUAUGUAUUUUUUUACUUUGUUACGGUUUUGUGUCGUUAUUUGUACAGGACUCAAAAGUGGCACAAAACAAGAGUUCAAAACUAGUAGUCCACUUUCAGGGGCUGCCAUCUUAGCCAGUUCCUACUUUUUGCCUGAUAUUUAUUGUCUUUUCCUUUAAUCUUUGAUUGUCUCCCUGAGUACACAUAGAAAUUAAAACAAAUUAUUUCAUGAUAUCAAUGUAGAAACAUGGAAGAUCUUCCAAAAAAAUGUAAAAUGUCUCUGUGGGGCAUUCAAGGCCAGCACAUGUAGAACAAGGACAUAUUUCAAUUUUUUGUUGUAAAACCAAAGGAACAUCACAGCCAACCAGUUCACAAGGAGCAUGAGAGAUCGAAAAAGAUAAAAAAAAACCAAAAUGUUUUAACCCUCUAACCCCUAAGAGAGACUAGAAUCUAAUUUCUCCUCACAAUAUCACCCCUGAAUUGCACAUUAAGGUCUUGAGAAUUAAGGAAAUGGUCACCAACUAAAGAGACUCCUGAUUGUUAAACAAAUUCUCCUCGUCAGCACCUUAGGAUAUGUAUAGAGAACAGUAUGGAGAAUAUGCAUACUGAUGUUAGGGUGUAAAGGGUUAAGUGAGAUAAUGUGAGUGACCAUAAGUGAGAGAAUGUGAGCUGCUUUUGGUUUUAGUUUUGCAUCUGAUUGGCUGAAAAAGAGGUGUAAGUCUUUUUGACCAAUCAUGGAGUAUCUAGGGGCUGUCUUAUCAUGGAUUGCUUUUGAACUACCAAUUAACCCUUUAACUCCCAUGAGUGAUCAAGGCAGAAUUUCUCCUUCCCAUAUCAAUAUAAUAUCAACCAGAUGAGUUACAAGAAUAAAGAAAAAUAUCACUUUGGGGAUAAUUGCUUGGUCCAAUACUAAAUUCUCUAAACUUUAACAUUUUUGGAAGUAUAUGGUUGACAUUAAGGAGAAUGACAAAUUUGAUCUGGGAGUUAAAGGGAUUAGGAUGUUGUGGUCAUUCCAAAAAAAACUAUUGUAUUUGAUCUGUUGCAAUAACAAAUGUUUUCAACUCCAUAUGACAGUAAAUGGAUAUGAUUGGUUUGGUAUUAUGUAGAUGUUUGUAUGUAAUCUGUUUGAUAAUAAUUAUUGUUUAAUUUAUCAGGAUCAAUUCAGAAGGGAAUCACUUCAGCUGCAUACUUCAAACAAUCUCUUGUUCCUGAUAUCAUGAAGAUUGUUCUCAAAUCAGCUUUGAGUGGUAAUUGUUGAUGCUGAUAUUUGAAUUCCUAAAAGUUCACUGAUGAUGUGGAGUUGUUAGUCAUGUUAUCUUGUAAUCACAGCCAGUGGAAUCCAAAAAUAGUAAAAACAAAAUCUUUGAUUAUUUUCAUUCAGUUAGAAAUUCUGUUGAUACUUCAAAAAUUUCCACACUUUUUUUUGUAGCAGUUGGGAAUAGAAAGCCUUAAUCACAGUUACAUUUUCUGUGAUUCAGCUGGUUGACAUCAGUACUGUUCAAUAGUGUGUGUUUUACAUGGUACUCUCUAACAUUUAUCCGUUGUUUGGCUUACAGAUUCUGAGGAGAGAACUGCUGGAGCCAUUUCAAAGGAUGUUUUAGACACCAUUGCUGCCAUUUUAAGGACUGUGACGAGUAACUUGGACAUCGAGUAGGUUUUUAUUACAGUCUCUUCUUCUAUCUUUUCUUCCUCUUGAUUAGAUACUACUCCUAACUUGUUCAGUUUUACAUAGUUGCAAUUUUACACUCAACAUGCUUGAGAUGAGAGUUGUUCCAAAGUCUUGCACACCUGCAUUAAAAUGGUUUGAUAACUGCGGUUUUUUGUGUGCGUCAUUUGAAAUAGAAGUGAUGAUGUAUGAACCCAAAUCAAAGAAACUAAAUGAUUUUUUUUGCUCUCCAGUUGUCAAGGGUUGUGAAGUAUUGCGCUUUAAAAUUUGAAUUAAAAACUCCUCCAUUGAUGCGAUGUGUAUGAAAAAAGUAAUUAAUUUAUACAAACUUUCCCCUCACACAGAGGGGCUCAAUAGAGCUGAUUUAGAUUGACUAGUACUUUCAAUUUUGCCUCUAUCAUUUGUUAUUGUUGUUGAUGUUGUUAUUGACAUCAUCUUGUUCUGUGAUUUUGUCUUCUUAAUUUGUUUAUUUUUCACAGAGCGGCACGUAAUCUACUCGAAGAUUUUGUUGGGAUAUAUCUGGAUGGAAACUCCUCCUUUCUCCAUGAAACAGUUGAUAAAAAAUGUUUGCAAUUUGAGGUAAACAUUUCGUUCAUGUUAUCAAUAUGUAAACAUGAGAUUUGUACAUUCAUUAUGUGGAAAGCAAUCUGCGUAGGCUACAUUUAUAUAUACAAGUUAUAUAUAUAUAUAUAUAUAAUUUACUUUUUUUAUUUAUUUAUUUUCAGUCCACAUCACCAUGGGAACAAACUCAACUUGUAUCACUGCUAACAGCCACCUUAUGCUCUGCAAGACGGGAGGUUGGUUUGCUUUACAUCACUCUAUCGCAGUCUUGUGCAACGCAAAUUUCAAUUCAGUGUUGUAUGUAAUCUGGGCCAGCAUUAUUCACCCCAUCCUCCUAGCUAACACGAUCCAAAAUGAUAACAGUUCAAUAACUGAAGUGUUUAGUCUCUCUUAAGUGUUUCCGAUUAUUAUUAUCGUUAUUACUUUAAUUGUAAUUAUUAUAUACCACACGAGUGAAAAGUGCUUUUCGUGCGCGCUGAUUGGCCAGUUCGGAAGUGAAGGGCAAGUACUGUUCACCUCCGAGCAGCCAAAGAGACAAAACCGCGCGUUAAGACCUAAAUUUCCGAUACCACUUUCCGGUAUAUUGAGAUAAAUAAACUAAAUUUUUGGUAUCUGUGUGGUAUAUACUAAAACAAGUAUUCACCCAGUGUCAGUUAAAGUGGAGGAUAUUUACCGAGCCGCUUUGCAGCUCGGUAAAUAUACACCACUAUUCACCUCCACUUUGGUGAGUAGUUGUUGAUUAUCAUUACGACUAAUGUUAUUUUUGCUAUUCUUCUUCUUAUUAUUGUUAUUAUUAAGGAAGUAUUGUCAUUAGUAUUAUUAAAACCAAUCAUGUCCUUGUUACUUGCGUUUCCUAUUCUUGGGGCUGUUUACGUGCGUUGGCUUUUGCGUUUUCAUUGGCUCCUCGGAAUGCUUCCCUUCAUUUUGAUUGGCUGUUAUGAUUAUUUUGGAUUUAGUCUUACGAAAAUUUUAAAGAGUUAGAAUGUUGGUUAAUGCCAUAACAACCCACCCGAGCUCUUUACUUAACCGUGCACUAGUUUUGAAUCAGCUCUCGUAAAUGUUUUGAUGGGAGCACAAAAAUUUUUGUUGAUAUUAUCAGGUUACCGUCCCCCGGCAUUCAGAACUCAUUCCCAGGCUUCAGCAAAUAGCAUGCCAUUGUGAUCAUAGCAGAAGUGCAGAGAGUGGGGCUCAGUGCCUUGCCGGGAUUAUUAACAAGUUGCCUGAAGGUACAGUGAGUUUGGUUAUGUUAUGAAUACUUACCACGGUGAUGAACAAUCAAUCUGUUUCAUGUUCGUUAUUGUUUGGAGGCCGAUUAAGCCUUCUCAAAAGAUUCCUUAUUGCUGCCUUUUGUUUUCAAUGGAUGAGCGAACUAGCUAGAGAUCAAACAAACGUGUGACUAACAGAUAGUACACAGGAAAGAAACAUAAAGGAAAAUUAUAAAGUUAAACAACGGAAGAAGAAAAGGAGGAGAAUUAGGAAUGAUAGGAUAAUUGAACUAAACAUGAACGCCCAAACAAGCGAAUGAAAGAUAGAAUCAGAACUAAUGGAGUAUACUUUUUACAGCCAGGUCUUACUCUUUUUAGGCGACUAAUACGCAAAAUUGCAAUUGCUUGAUUCUCCACCAAUGAUAUAGUGAGCUCUGGGAUACACGACAUUUAUUGUUUACUAUUCAUUAUCUACCCUAUGUUAAUUUGUUUUUAUUAACUGGGUUGAUGAUAUAAAUUGGCCACCGUAUAGAGUUUUUAAGCUGACGUCUCGAGCGUUAGCCCUUCGUCUUCCCUUCGUCAUCCCUUCGUCAUCCCUUCGUCAUCCCUUCGUCAUCCCUUCGUCAUCCCUUCGUCAUCCCUUCGUCAUCCCUUCGUCAUCCCUUCGUCAUCCCUUCGUCAGCCCUUCGUUAGCCCUUCGUUAGCCCUUCGUCAUCCCUUCGUCAGCCCUUCGUCAUCACUUCGUCAUCCCUUCGUCAUCCCUUCGUCAUCCCUUCGUCAUCCCUUCGUCAGCUCUUCGUCAGCCCUUCGUCAGCCCUUCGUUAGCCCCUCUACCACAAUUUAGUUCUCUCUCUUUUCCCUUUUACUGUGGAUUCUAGUAGCUGGGUAAUGAGUUAUUGUACUGAAUAAGCCAGUAAUCCAAUUGUAACUAAAUGCAGGAGGUAUCUGAUUCAAACAAUAAACCACAAAUUUCAACAAAAUACCUCUGCGGGAGGUGCUUUUGUUCAAUGAACUCCCCCUUUCCGCCCACCCUUCCCUGUAACUGCACCACCCUCAGUCCCUACUCAUUGUAGUUAUCUACUUUUGUUAACGAACUUCAGGUGAUGAAUUAACCUCGGUAGUAAAUGGAUUGGUGAGCAAGAUAUGGCAAGUCAGUGAAAAAGAGGGUUCACUGAAACGAGCCACCAUAACUUGGCUCUGGGUAUGAUGUGAUAAUGUUUUAUGUAAAUACAACUUAAAUAAGUGAUUAAACAUAAAUACGGAUUGGGUAUUCAUAUGUCAAAAUUACUGCAAAAAGUUAUUGGAGGGAUGCAAAUUACAGAUUUCCCUGUCAUUAAGGAGAGUUAGAGACAAAUUUCCAGAUUUUAACGGUCAAGGUAACUGGAGGUCUCACAAGAGGAAAAACAAACCAUCUUAUUUUUUUGGUCAUCAAAUAGGUUUGAAUUCUUCGCUCGUAAGAUCUUUAUUCUAACUUCAGUCUUUCCGCGGAUGUCUAUAUGUCUCUUUGUUGGUUACUGCUGAGAGAUUCUUGAUACAGUCAAACAAUGCCCCUUAAGGUACUAUUUUCUUGCUUGUCAUUAGCAUGACCUGUUUGCCGAUGGUGUUUAAAGAUUGAUGAGAGAAUUAAAUUAUGAUCAAUCCUGAAGAAUGAAACCAGCGCUCCAAAUUCCAAUUCAACCCGAGAAAACAGUAAUCAAAGAGCUAUGUAAUGGAUGUGGCAUUGCUAAAUUUCAAUUUAUAUAUGUUUGUCCUGUUAUUUUUUUUUCCUAAAGUUUAUUUCAGCCUAUUGUGUGAUGUUACUUAAGCCCAUAAACACAGUCAGUUUAGCCAAACUCAUGACCACUGAAACCGAGCUUGUAAAAUAACUAUAUGGUGCCAUCUGAUUCUGUUUUUGUUAAUGGAGAUUCUUCUUUGCAGUUGACAAAAGCCUUAGUCAUUCGGUCGCAUCCAUUGGCGCCUUUAUUUAUUGAUAAGGUUAGUUGAGUAUUUUUGAUAUUAAAAACGUCUUUGCAUCUCGUUUGAAUUUACCACUAUAUAUUGCCUUUUUUCAUGUUAUCUUGAAAGAAAUCUUUUCGCCUUUGUUUAAGAGUCAGAGGCUAGCUUUCAUUACUAAACUUGUUUAAUGUCCCAUUCACACCUUUGUUUUUCGGCAGAUUUUGAGCCUAUUGGUCGAUAAAAAUGUCGGACGUGCAGCAGGAGAUGGUUUUUACAUCAUCAUGGCGGACUAUGAAGAGGUUAUGAACAUUAAAAUGCACGUGAAUUACAGGGUAAGCAUCUGACUUAUGUAUUGUCAAACAAAAUACUCUUUAGGUUAGGCAUGAACUUUUAUUUCACUCAAUUCUAAGAGAAAUUGAGUAAUCAGUUAAGUGUGUUAUUUAUUUUGUGUGAAAUUCCCCUAAACUUCAAGGUACACAAAUGUCUAACAAUGCACAACAAUAUUUCCGCAACCAUAUUAUCGACCGUGCAAACUUGAAUGCUCCAAAUAUUUCGGAAAUUUAUUAUACCACAGCCAAUCACAUUAGAGGGCUUGGCCCUUGCCUCCUUUGUAAAUGUUUCAAGAGUAGUGAGAUCACCUUGGUGAAAAAGAAAGUCCACCUUAUAAUUUUAUUGGCCUCUGUGUAGACAUUACACGACGAAAUGAGAAUAGUGCAAGGUAAUAGGAGGAUAUUCUUGACCUCGGAAUAAGAAGUAGCUCUGUCUAUGAAAAUUCAUUGGGAGAAUUUUGGGAUUUCCUAUGCCUAACGAUCAACCUGUCUGUUUUCGCGGUCAACAGAUGAUGUAUCGUCAACGGCUUUUUAUGGAGACGUCUCCCAAGUUGAUAGGAGGAUUUCACUCUGCAAAACCAGGUGAGAUUGGAGAUAUAAAUCUUAAGAAGUGCUCAACUGAAUGUGGACGCUGUGGUGACUUCAACAAGAGUGAUUUAAUGAAGAUGUCAAUGCAUGUAAACUAAUAUUUUUUAACAUGUAAGUGCUGAUCAAAUUUCUCUUAUCUAAAAUAGCACUGUUGUUCAGCGACGUCUUUCAUCACUCUCCGAUUCAUAUUGACUUUCGUUCGGCUUUUUCUUUGGGUUUAGCAUCAUUUCGCCAUCGAUAUAAGAUUAAGGCAGCAACGGCUUAAAGGAGCGAGGGGAGUUGUAAGUCCUGUCGGUUAGGGUCGGUGAAUUGGAAUUAAAGAUUGAAAAGGAAAAGAACCUUUUACGUUGUAAGUUUAAUUUGUUCUUUCCAUAACAUAUUUCAAGAUGCACUUUUCCUUCCCUCCUUGUUUUUGUCUUAUUUGUGUAGAAUUCAAGCAUCAUUACCUCUGCGCCUUGUCUCAUCUGUUACAGUGGAUACCUAAACAGGUUCUGCUCAGUGAAGUGCCGAACGUGAGUAACAAGUCUUAUUUGUUGAGCUUUACAUUUGGAGUCAUUUUCAAUCGAAUGUCAAAAGUAAUCCGACAUUGCUUUGGUUUUGUUUCACUCCUCUCUGUGAUUGGCCUAUAAAACUCGCGCCACUUUCUAGACCAAUAAGAUUCAAAACUAAAACCACUCGUAAUCACCACUCCUGAUUGCCCGCGUUUUCCCGCGCUUUAGGGAAUUUCCGUGUUUUUACUUUGAUUUCUUAUUGGCUCCGUUUGAUAUUUUCCUUUGUUCUGAUUGGCUGUUGUGAUUACUUUGGUUUUGGUCUUAAGACACUCAACCGAAAAGCACUUUAAAAAAGUAGCUUUCCUUUGGUGUUAUACUUGAGAAUUACUAUGGUUUACGUUACUUUUUCUUUUUUUUUUUGCUCGCUGCAGUUGAUGCCGCUAUUGGUUCAGUCCUUGUCUUGCGAUGAACAGAGUUUAAAGCUGUCCACUUUGCAGACUAUGUACUCACUAGUUUUGGAUGCGCCAGAGAUUAUCAGUCGUCAAGUGACUUCACUGGUUCCCAUGCUUCUGGGUUUGACAAAGUUUCAACUCUCAAUGGUAAUUGCGAUGUUGUUCUCUCGUUUGUAGCAUUUUUGGUUCGUGGUCGAUGGCAAGAAAGAUGGGAGGUCACUGUGGCAGUGAUACUCGGCGAUACGGCAUCUUUUGUCUUUUAACGUGUUGUUGAAAAAGGUUUUGUGACUGACUUCUCGUGCGGGCAGGAUGAAGUGAAUCCUGUCAUCUGAUAGGCUACCCAAGUGAGAAAGAUGCCCACUUUGUUCCCGCCCCCAAAAUAAGCUUGUUGCCAGUUUUUGUAUUUCGCAACCACUAGUAAUUAUGUUGUUACGAGAGGAAAGUAUUUUCGGCCGAUUUAAUAGGAAUGGUCUCUCAGGAUAUAGCAACCUCACUUUUUGGAGACACUCAUAACAGAGGAAAACAAUUGUCGAAAAUUUUGAUGAUCUCUGCGACAACUAUUUUAUGUGAAGGAGCGUAGCAUCGUUUUAUUGAUUUGAGCUUUUGACGAUGGUUUUCUUAUGUUGGAAAAAACUGAAACGAAAUGUAUUGCUUUGUUUUUUUUUUGUUAACAGAAAGUUAGAAUGGAAGCUCUCAAGUGUCUUGGAGCUUUGACAACUUUACCUCACCACGUGGUAAUCUUGCAUUUACAUUUUUGUAUUUUUACUUAUCAUUCAGCCUUCCAUGUUGUGCUUUCCAUAAGUCAUGUUUUAACAAUUUUGAUUAAUAAUCCGUUCUCUUCUGGCAGGUCUACCCGUACAAAACCAAAGUAUGUAAAGCGCUUGCUGAUUCAGUCGAUGAUAAGAAGAGAUUGGUCCGGAAGGAAGCCGUAAAAUGCAGAAAUGAAUGGUAACGACAUAAUUGGAAAGCAAAAUGUUUAUUGAUCAUCAGUAUAAUUAUUAGGCUUGAGAGAUAUUCUUUGUGUUUUAAUCCAUCUGAGAAGUGCUCCUCUUAAAAUCGUCUUGUUUGCCUUCUCCUGAGAAGUUUGGAUCAAAAUUCUCAAUACCCGUUUGCUUGGCAGGGCGUUGAAAUUGAAAGAGGAAUUUACGAUCACGUAAAGAAAUGUAUAGGGAACAGAAGGGAGAAUAUGCAUACUGAUGUUAAGGUGUAGAGGUUUAAUGAGUUUUCUGUUGUGUGUUUUUCUUAGGUUUCUUCUUGGAAGUUCCGCAAGAUAACGCCGGCUGAUUUGUGGUCAAUACAAUGAAUAAGUGGAAGAUUUUACCAGUUCUUCAUACCGUUGACUCAGGGCAGUGAUCAGGCCAAACUCGUCAGUGGAGGAACUGGAGAUGAACUCCCAAUUGAUUCCAUACGUGAAUUCGCAAGAACGUUCUCCACAGUUGGAACGAUGUGAACUUCUUUGGUGAAAAUAAUUGUGCGAGCGAUAUGAGACGAAACACUUGAGUUAUCAACAGAUAUUUAUCAACUGGAAUGAAAAUUAAUAUAACUAUUUACAUGAGAGUAAACGACCUGAUCCGUAAUUUGUUUAGGAUCAAGGAAGUGGUUGAAGACGCGCAGGAAAUGUUGCAAACUCUGUACUCUGUAGGAAUAUAGAUGUCCCCAAGCAUUGGUUAAUAAUUAUUGAAAAAGAGAGUGGUAGAAAUUAUCAAAUUAUUGUUAUGUAAACUUCAUUUUACAGCUAAAUAUGAUUCUGUUAUAUAUACUCGUACUCGAUGUAAAAGGCUAUUCACAUUACUGAACUAAAGGAAAAUUCA